AUGAAUCCCGCGAUGAAUCAAUGUCUGGUUACUGACUUGCGCCACUGCAAGUUCAAUGCGCGGCCAGCCUCACUGCGUUCUCUGACGCCAACCGUGGCGCGUAAGACGGGAGCAACCGAUUAUACCGCUGGUUACGACGUGCGCAACGCUAUGACUCUCGCGCAGGUGUUGCACAGUGGAUUUGACGCCUACAAGUGGGGCAUCAUCACAGUGGCAAAUCAGUUGCGCACAUUCAAUUUCACAAUGCCUCAGUCAGAUCUUACGGAUGGCCCAAUCCGGAUUCCUGCUCGGGGCGUGUUCCCUGGAGCAGAGACAUAUUACCAGGACCAGUUCCCGGACCCGGCUCUUUUCCGGUUUCAUUUUGAGGAGUGCGUGCGCAGAAACUUUCGCGCCGAAGGAGAGGGGUCUGCCAAGCCCAAGGAACCUGAGGUCGAUGCCGCGGAUCCAGUGGGUGCGGGUGACGAGACGUCCGAUGUCGAGGAGGGCGACUGGAGCAGCAUGGACAUGUCGACCGUCGCGAGUCAAAAGAUUUGGCGUGGAAUGAUGAAGCAAGUGGCCAGCACCGACACGAUCAUUCAAGCGGACGAUCUCGAAAUGAGCACGUCGAACUCAAAGCGCAAAUUCAAACGUUGCUGCGGCGCGGAUGGGAUCCAACCGUCAUCAAGUCCAUGGGGAGCGCCCGUCCUCUUCGUCAAGAAAAAGGGCGCCGUACGAAAUCUCCUUCCCGACGGAGGACUGCGCCGUACGAAUUCUCCUUCCCGACGGAGGACUGCGCUUCUGUUGGUGAAAGUUCUGUCCAUCGACCCCCAGCAAUCCACAUCAGCCAAAGACGUGUCUACUAUCGUCAACAUCAACGGGGCCCAUCGCGUGACGAACCAGACGCUCAAUGCGAGCGGCGGAACUUUGGCGGAGCCAUCAUCCACGGGGACGUGCAGAUUGGGGUGA